CAGCGCUCGGUGAAGCCACGAGAGCAGUAGCAUCUAUGGAAGCAGCGCGCACAACACCGGAUUUUUUGGCCAGUGGCAGAUGACUCCCCUAGCGAAGCUUCGGUGACACAUGAAGCCAAGUUUUCCGCACGAGAUGCUGUGGCGUUGAGAGGGCACUGGCGCAUGCCCACGGUUCAGCACGCUGGACAGCGCUCGCACGAGUUCCAAAUUGGCAAGACUUUCCGGAGUUAAUUUUUUACACACUUGCCAGGAUUUAAGCACUAUCGAAGAGAACGACGGGAAAGAAACAAUGCAGGUGGUAGCGUUCGCUCUAACAACAGGCGCAGAUAUACUGCAGGUGUAGUUUUAAAGUGAGAAAUGGACUUUGUGGAAAUACUUCUUGCGUUAUUCAUCGUUGUGGUCGCGAUUGUCUCUCUGUUGUCGAACUUGCUGGUGCUGCUAUGUUUUGUCCACAGCACCGAGAUACGCAGACAGGUGCCUGGCAUCUUUACAAUGAACCUGUCUUUCUGCAACAUUCUGAUCACGGUUUUGAAUAUGCCAUCGACGUUGGUGGGAAUUAUUAAAAACCAGCAGCCUUUUGGGGAUUGCCUGUGCCACGCCGUGAGUUUCUUUGAGACUUUUCUCACUGCCAACACCAUGUUGAGCAUGGCCGCCCUGAGCAUUGACCGUUGGAUUGCCGUGGUUUUCCCGCUUAGUUACUCCAGCAAGAUGCGCUACAGGGACGCGUUGGUCAUGGUGUGCUACGCGUGGCUUCACUCGCUCACCUUCUCCCUCGUCGCACUGCUCUUCUCCUGGGUAGACUACAGCCACAUUUACGCCUCCUGCACUUUGCAUCUCAACGACGAGAGCGCACGGAUCAAAUUCACUGUGUUCACGGUCGCGUUCCACGCCAGCAGUUUCAUGCUGUCCCUGCUCAUCCUGUGUGUCACAUACCUAAAGGUGUUACAAGUGGCCCGAUUCCACUGCAAGCGGAUAGACAUCAUAACCAUGCAAACUCUUUUUCUACUUGUUGACAUUCACCCGAGUGUUAAGCAGCGCUGUCUGGCCGAACAAAAGACGAGAAAACAGCGCGCUACGAAGAAAAUCAGCAUUUUCAUUGGCUCGUUCAUCCUCUGUUUUGCUCCAUAUGUGAUCACCAGGCUGACAGAGCUGCUGCCGUUCGUUGGCAUCAGUCGUCACUGGGGCAUCGUGAGCAAGUGCCUGACGUACGGCAAGGCGGCCUCCGACCCGUUCGCCUACUCCCUCCUGCGGCAGCAGUACCGCAAGGUCCUGGUCUCCGUGGCCAACCGGCUCCUGCGGCGCGACCUGUACCCGUCCUCAGGGCCCAACAGCUCCAUGGACACGGAGAACGAAUACUGUCUGCAGCGGAUCAGCUAGAGGGCCAGAGCGGGGGGCGGCGGAGAUGCCCGUCUUGCGCUGGCAGACCAGUGGCAUGUGAAAAUGGAAACUGUGAUUACCUGUUAAGUGCCAGAGAAAUGAGUGUGAGAGGGAGUGAAUGAGAGAGAGAGAGAGAGAGAGAGAGAGAGAGAGAAAAAGAGUGAGAAAGAGAGAGAGAGAGAGAGAGAGCGCUGCUGGUGUUCACACUCAUGUGCCCUCGGCAGAUGUCUGAAAUCAAACAUAUCGGCAAACAAGGAGACAAGAUCUCAGAAGUGUGGGUGAUUCACUGAACACACUUCACAUUCAGCCACACAUACACAAACACACACACUCAUGCAAGUAGAUAUACACACACACACAC